AUGGGUGUCACGGAGGAGAUAUGGGGAGUAGUCCAGGUAUCUGGGGCACUGGUGCGGUCACGGAAUACUCUCCGUCAGAACAUUCGUACGGUUCGAACGGUAUUCGUCAACCCCCUCCGGCCAAAUUACACGGCCAGCACGUGGGACAUCGAGUACGCCGAAGGACAAAAGAGAUAUACCGGUCCCCCAAGCGACGAUAUUGAACGGUCCUGGGAUGACCUGAUGGCGGCUAUCAAUUUCAACGUGUCCGGCGAGCUGGCGUCGCCUGUCGAGGGAGAAACUUUCCAUUACCCGGAUGGCCAUUACCUGCUCGGGCUGGAAGUAUUUCACGGCCUGCACUGCGUGAACAUCAUGCGCAGAACAGUAAGCUCUGGGGCACUCCACGCCAAUAGCACAAUGGAUAAUGAGCUGUGGGCGAAGCAUGUCUGGCAUUGCUUGGAUUAUUUGCGCCAAUAUGUGCAAUGCAACGCAGACUUGACGCCCAUGUUCUUCGAAUACAUCGGGAGAUCCUCCGUAAACCAUGACCACAGCCGAAAUCUGGCACUAAGGAAGGGGACCGUCCACACCUGUGCCGAUUUUGAGGGCAUACAUGGUUGGGUUAUGGAUCAAAUUCACCAAAGUUGA